AGUCUCUACAAUUUACUCAAUUUUAGUACCAAAAGAGAAGAAAACCGUCAACAGAGAAUUUUUCCCAUUUGAGCAAUGGCGGACGCAGUUGAGAUGCCUAGAGUAAAGCUGGGAAGUCAAGGGCUUGAGGUCUCUAAGUUAGGUUUCGGCUGUAUGGGGCUCACUGGAGUCUAUAAUUCUCCUGUUCAUGAGGCGGAAGGGAUUGCAAUAAUCAAGGAGGCUUUUAGUAAAGGAGUCACAUUUUUUGACACAUCAGAUGUUUAUGGGAUGGAUCAUGCAAAUGAAUACUUGGUUGGAAAGGCAUUAAAGCAAUUGCCUCGAGAAACAAUACAGCUUGCGACAAAGUUCGGUAUAUAUAAGAUUGAACCAACUAAGGUUACAGUAAAAGGAACUCCUGAAUAUGUUCGUUCCUGCUGUGAAGCUAGCUUAAAACGCCUACAAGUGGACUACAUUGAUCUCUACUAUGUGCACCGUAUAGACACAAAAGUGCCCAUUGAGGAAACAAUGGUAGAACUCAAAAAAUUAGUUGAAGAAGGUAAAAUAAAGUAUAUUGGCCUGUCUGAAGCUCACCCGGAGACGAUAAGGAGAGCACAUGCAGUUCAUCCUAUCACUGCUGUACAGCAGGAGUAUUCUCUAUGGACGCGUGACAUUGAGGAUGACAUAAUUCCAGUUUGCAGGGAGCUUGGAAUUGGGAUUGUCCCAUAUAGCCCUGUCGGACGUGGGCUUUUUGCUGGAAAAGCAGUUGUUGAAAGCUUGCCUGCCAACAGCUUUUUGACUACACACCCUAGGUUUACAGGAGAGAACUUUGAAAAGAACAAAUCUAUAUAUUUUCGUAUGGGAGGAAUAGCCAAGAAGCAUGGAUGCUCUCCAGCUCAACUUGCUAUUUCAUGGGUCCUUCACCAAGGGAAUGAUAUUGUACCUAUUCCUGGUACAACAAAGAUAAAAAAUCUUCAUGAUAACAUAGGUUCCGUGAGAGUAAAGCUCACAGAAGAAGACAUAAAAGAGCUUUCUGAUGCAGUGCCCGUCAGUGAAGUGGCAGGGCAGAGAAUUGGCGAGGCACUUUAUAAGUCAUCAUAUAAGUUUUCCAUUACACCACCACAAACCAAAUGAUCAGUGUUGCGCUACAACAAGUGUAGGCUUGAGCAUAUUGUUUCUCUUCUUCCCUCUUAAAUCCAUAUAUUUGAAUAAAGGAUCUGUCUACUAGCGUUUUAUCUCAGUCAAAGUGGAAAUCACAUUAGCUUCUCCAUUUUUGUUUUUGUUUUCAAUUUAGAGUUAUUAUUUGUGGAGUAAUCAUACUGUGGCUCCUAUUGUUAGACUCAAGUCGGACUUUUGGUCAAUAAAGCAUCCAAUUGUGGUUUUGUGCUUAGAGCUGUUGCAUCACUAUUGAGUAUUGGAGUUAUUAUUGUGGCAACAUGUUGGGAAAAGAAAAUGGAAUUCUCAAACUAAGCUGUCAUAGGUUGUUCGAAAAAGAAAUAUGUAAAUGACACAGGUGUCCGUACUGGCACGGAUUCAAUAUCUAUAUUUUUUUUUUCUCUAACAAUA